AUGUUCAGUGGUUUGAAGUUCUUAAAGGCAAGCAAGGAGGUCUCUGCCUGCACUAGAGCUUAUGGGGCUUGGAAGAUUGGCGAAAGCCAAUUUGGUUGUGAGCCUUCAGUGGCAUUGGCUACUGAAGGGGUUAAGUGUCUGGAGUAUAUUAUUGCAGAGCACCAAAAGAAAGGAGGGAUUGUGAUUGUGGCCACACAUCUGCCAAUUGAGAUUGAGGAUGCAAUGUAUUUGAGGUUGCCGCCAAGGGGAAAUUCCUUGGUAGCACACCAAUUAGCUAGGGGAACACUUUAUCUUUCUCAAGUAAGCCCGUCUCCUGCUUUAAUCAAGGCUGAGGUGCCAUGGUCAGCUCGAAGAGGAAAUCUCUCUGAGAAUGAACACGUCUUGAAGACACUUGCCCCCAUGAAGGCAAGCAAGGGGGGGUCUCUGCCUGCACUAGAGCUUAUGGGGCUUGGAAGAUUGGCAAAAGAUAAAGCAAGAAUGCUCUCAAUGGGCCAACGGAAAAGGGUGCAGCUUGCAAGGUUUUUGGCAAUUGAUCGGCCAAUUUGGUUGUUAGACGAGCCUUCAGUAGCAUUGGAUACUGAAGGGGUUAAGUUGCUGGAGUAUAUUAUUGCAGAGCACCGAAAGAAAGGAGGGAUUGUGAUUGUGACCAUGCACACAUCUGCCAAUUGA